AUGUCGCAACCUAUCUCGCGCACCCACCGGGUAGCGUCCGCCGACGCGCCCGGAACGCACGUAGUGGUGACGUUAGUUGCAGCUACGCGGCGGCGCUCGCCGCAGUCGACGUACACUUUCCCGUUGCGCGAGGGUAUGGAUGCCAGAUCGAUGCCGCCCCACGUUCACGGUCAACGCCCUCCGCCCGCCCUACGUUUCCGCGUGCGCCCCGUCCCCCGCGCGGCUCACCCCGCACAGCUAAAUAUACCUUCGUACCGACCCUUCAGCCGCCUGUUA